UACGAGCGUUACAGCUGGACGUCCUGCGGACCACUGCUAACAGAAAAACCUACACUUUGUUGACAGGCUGGCGUUGAACCCCUCCGAGCGACUACCGGGUAGACGUUUGGACGUCCAACUAUAUUAGUUUCGAGUUUAAGUAAUGAAAUAUAAACACGUCCCUCCUUCAUGCUUACUUUCAACAAAAAAGAAGUUAUGGAUAUUUGCGACGGGAAGAAGAGGAGAAAGGUAAGCAGCGGGGUGCGGGACUGCAGGCGCAGCGCGGCCGGGAAGAUGAAAGGGGAGGUGGGCAAAGUCCUCCGCUCGCGCACGUUGGAGGACAACAAUCACACGAAGCCUAUGGAGGAGGACGAGGACGACGACUGCUUCUCCAUUAGCUUCCUCCGGAAUGACCGACUGGAGCCCGCCGUGGUGGUUUCUCCCCGGUACAGCCUGCUUCGGGAGGUCGGCCGGGGAAGCUACGGGGUGGUGUACGAGGCUAUAGCCCGGAAAACGGGGGCCAGGGUGGCAGUAAAGAGACUCCAAUGCGACGCCCCAGAAAACGUAGAGCUGGCACUGGCCGAGUUCUGGGCCCUGACUAGCCUGGAGAACCGACACCAGAACGUGGUCCAGCUGGAGGAGUGUGUCCUGCAGAGGAACGGCCUGGCCCAGAAGAUGAGCCAUGGAAACAAGAGGUCCAGACAGUACCUGCGCCUGGUGGAGACGUCACUCAAAGGGGAGCGCAUCCUGGGUCACCCAGAGGAGCCGUGCUACCUCUGGUUUGUCAUGGAGUUUUGCGAGGGUGGGGACCUCAACCAGUACAUCUUAUCCCGCCGGCCUGACCCCCAGACCAACAGGAGCUUUAUGCGCCAGUUGACCAGUGCUGUAGCUUUCCUGCACAAGAACAACAUUGUUCAUCGUGAUCUGAAACCAGACAACAUUCUCAUCUCACAGAAAUCUGGUUCACCUGUUCUCAAAGUGGCUGACUUUGGCCUCAGUAAAGUUUGUGCUGGCCUAAACUCCAAGAACAGUGAAGACCCCCCUGUAGCAGGAGCAGGAGACAGAGGCAGCAACCAGAACAACAUCAUCAACAUAAACAAGUUCUGGUUGUCGUCAGCUUGUGGCUCGGACUUCUACAUGGCCCCUGAGGUGUGGGAGGGCCACUACACGGCCAAGGCUGAUAUCUUCGCCCUGGGCAUCAUCAUCUGGGCAAUGAUAGAACGCAUCACUUUCAUUGACGCAGAGUCCAAGCGUGAACUCCUGGGCACCUACGUACGCCAGGGCACAGAGAUUGUACCUGUUGGGGAGGCUCUGUUGGAGAACCCCAAGAUGGUUCUCCACAUUCCUCAGAAGGCCAGGAGCUCCAUGUCCGAGGGAGUAAAGAAACUCCUCCAGGACAUGCUUGCAGUCAACCCUCAGGACCGACCGGAUGCCUUCCAGCUGGAGGUGCGGAUGGACCAAGUCACGUGUGCUGCGUGACAGCCCCACCUUCCCAAAACCUCCCCUUGUUUUAACCUAACCAGUCAAAGAAGGGACCCCUUUCCUUCCCAGCUUUGUUUACUUCAUGGACGUGGACUCCAAAGGAAAAAGGGACUUUGACAAAGGGAACUGUGAAGAAUCCACAGUCGUAGUUUGAGCGGGAAGCGAUGGACUGGCUGAUGAUUCCAAAACUCUGGGACUGGAACAGUAUGCACAUCAGACCACAGUGCACCUACAGCACCAUCCAGUUACAAUCACUGUCACCAUGGACACCAUGGACAGCAGGGCAUUUAAUUGCUGGAUAAUGCCAGUGUCUCUGUGAGCUGACAAGAUGUGACAACAAUGUUUAUGACAUUUGUUGUUUUCUAUGUUCCCAACAGCCCCAGUAUAGGCCUGCUCUUCCUUAUGUUUGUGAUGUACUCGGCUGUGGCGCAGGUUACUAUACCAGUGUUCUAAGGUUGAAGCACGGGCUGCCCAUCAUUUUACCAAUGAUAGUAUGCGAAUACUCUGACCAACAUGCGACACUACCAGUUUUCUUUUCCACACCAUUAUACAACCUUGUGCCUUAAAGAUGAUUCACAGAAGUGCGAUUGGAUCUUUGAAUCAAAUGAUUUUGUGGGUUAGGGUAGAAGCUCACACACCCAGACGGAAACUUCGUGAGGCUGAAUGCAGGUUUCUGUCUGCAGAAAUGCACAUUUGACCAAUGGAAUCUUUUGCUUUCAAUGAUGUCACACCUUUUAAACAAUAUCCCAGGCUGCAAUAAAGCCAAGUGAGAAUGAGAUAAUUCGGUGACCCUCCUCUAAUCAAAAGCAAGUGCAAUCAUAACGCCAAAACUUGAUAUAGUCUCAGUGUCACAUGACAUGUACACCCAUGUAAAGAAGGAUUAUUUCACAAAUCUGUGCCACACUCCGAAGGCAGAGGCAUAACAAAUGUGAAUAUUGUUGGGUUUUGUGUUGUUUUUAAGGUGUAAUAUAGAAUUCACACCUUAGAAGUAGCAGGCCUGCAUCAACUCUAUACAGUACUGUGCAUUUGUAACCAAACAAUGUCCAGCAGGGUAUUCGUUAGUUUUAUCAAGCUUUUAUUUCUGUGAAAUUCAAAUACCACCUGUUAGACAAACUGCAUACAUCUGUUUAGCAUCACUGCAAAGCUUAGUAAUAACGUAUUUGCUAAAUUAAUGUAUGACCAAGAAACAAUCAUGAUCAUUUGGUGGGUUUUGGUAACUUUUUACUGAAUGUUUUUUUUUACUUUGAGGUUGAGUGUGACAUUUUGAAAAUCCUCACAAAUUGAAAUAAAACUUUGAAUAUACUUCAAGAUAUCAAGUCAGUGGAUAACUUAGGAUCAUCUGUCAUAAAGAGAUACUGACUGUUGUUCUGUACUCUACCUUUUGAGUUUUAAGGUUUCUGAUUGGCGUGAUAUGAAUGAUGUUUAACGGGUCUUCAGGAGCAGCCUGACACCUAAGCAGUACUGGGCCAACUGUGGCUGUGUAUCUGAUUUGGUCCUGUUUCCUUUUUCGAAGGAGAUUUGAAGGUUUGCCAUCAGGAAAUUGUCCCCAAAAGCAGCCAUGGGACACCCACCCCAACUGUCCCUUGCUUCCUUCCUUCCUUCCCCCUCUUUAUUGAAGUGCUUCACACUCCUUGCAGUGGCACAUAAUGCUGCGUAAAUCACAUUCACACAGUGGUUGGCUGUAGUCUGCCAUCUGUGUUGUGAGAACCCCUAGGAUAGUAUGAGCUCUGAUCCAAAACUGAUCGCUACCUGGGGUUAAACAAAAACAUUAAGCCAUAAGCCACAUGCCUGAUCUACAGGUGAGAUGGUACUUGAAGCAACUAGGGUUACCAAGAAGAUGCAAAGAACAAAAAAGCAAGCAGAGAGGAGUUGAAGCAUAAAGUGGUCAGCCUGAAAGAAGGCGUAUUAUAAAAAUGUUUGUAUGUUCCAGACCUAGAACGCUCUGCUAGCCUUCACCCCCCCAUCACAGACCAGAGGAAUGAGGAAGUCCUCCCCUUGGUUUCAUAGCACUCUGUUGCAUUUGGGCACAGCUCAGUGACUCAGAAAUAGUAGUAGCUUUUGAGGCGUUUUGCAGUGUGAACCUACCUCAUUCUCAGCACUCUGAAACAUCUUAUCUACCUUGACAGUCUAGUUUGUGACACGAGGGGCACUGCUUGUGUGGGAUAGAUCUUUACCUCAGUCUCUUCAAUCCUGAACCAACCUCAAACUUACUUCUCUGUGUGUUGUUUGCUUCGAAACAAGUAAUACAUUGCUUUUCCCUUUUGAAUGAUAGCUUCUGGAAACACCUGUUACCUUCUCUUUUAACAGCCAGCCUAUGUUAUGGUGUUUGCAUUCAACAACGACAGCUCCCGUAAGGUUAUGUUGGUGCAUAAUGGAUAGUACAAAAAUGCUGUAUUACAUUCCAUUGAAUUUCAGUUUCAUCACAUAUGCUGAGCUGCUUCAAGUGCUACAUUUAGAACAAUCAGGAAAUAACAAAGACAGAAAGGUUAGGUGCAGUUUGAACAGAUGAGUUUUCAGCCUGUGACGGAAGAUGUGUAGACUUUCUGCUGUCCUAAAGUCAACGAGGAGCUCGUUCUGCCGUUCUGGAGCCAAAAGAGCAAACAGUCGGGAUUUUGUCAAUCGGUACCUGGGCCCCCUGGUAGUGAGGGAGUAGCAGAGUGUAGUGGGCGGGCUGGGGUGUAUGGUUUUACCGUGUCCUGGGUGCACCAUGGGCCCGAGCCAUUCACAGCAUCACAAGCAAGUACCAGUGUCUGUAAUUUGGAAAGACAAGAUUAUUUGAGUGUCAUCUGCAUAGCUGUGGUAGCUAAAGGAAUGUGACUGCAUAACAAGAGACUUGGUGUAAAGAGAAAAGAAGAGGAGCUGCCGUUGUUGAAUGCUAACACAACUGUUGCUGUUGAUGAAACAUGAAGGUGUUUCAUGUUGUGAUGACACUUUUAAGUUUUCACUUUUUUCUUAAAGGACUAGCGUAGCACAUAGGAAGUCUGUUAUUUAUCCUGUGGGAUGUUGACUCUGACCUGCUCAGCAGUGUUCAACAUACAUGUUUCUUUUAGUGUUAAACCUAACAUGGUUCAAAGACUGUAUGUGGCGUUGCUGUGGUUCAUAGUGAUAAACUGAGGAUCCUUACAGCUAAAUCAUCAGUACUACAACUUGUUCACUUUCCCUGCUGUCACUGUAUUUUUGUAUUCAGCUCUUUUCAGACUAGUAAUGAUUCCACUUGAAAACACUUUACACUAUGCAAAAUGUUUCACUGCCUCACUGUAAACACCGUACAGAGCCACACCAUUCUCAGCUGUGUGUAAUAUCUUGAAUUUUGAUCUUUUAGUGCAUUUUUCCAGUGUGUACAGAAAUGUAUGUUUCAGAAGUUGUGUAAAAUAAUGAAGCUGACAGGAGCCAUUAGAUGUUUGAGAAAGCAUCGUGUUUUUUUUUUUGU